AUGGCGUCUAAGAUCCUCAAAGCGACGACCAACAUUACCGGACUGGCUGUCUCUAAAGAUCCCCAUUAUGCAUUAAAACUUCUCUACGGAAAAAUCUUACGUGAUCUUAAAAAAAUUCCCGAAACAUCAGUGUACCGAAAAUAUACUGAAGAUACAAUUAACUCGCGUCUUGCCCAUGUCGAAAAUGAACCAAAUAUUGCUCGUCUUGAACGCAAAAUCAAUUGCGGUCAAAUCGAAGAAGUCAUUGUACAAGCUGAAAAUGAACUCAUGUGUGUUCGUCGAAUGGCUUUAAACAACGUUUGGGGACCAUUGAUCGGUCAAGCGCCACCAAAUCAAUGGAAAUGGCCUAUUGCUUAA